AAAUUGUGAUGAUUGCCGAGUUGCUUAUAAAGAUUGGAUUUGUGCUGUGUCGAUUCCACGUUGUGGUACCACUAAUUCAAAUGUUAUUCCAAGACCAGUAAAUCAGAGUCGAAUUCCUACUAUUGAUCAAAAUCUCAAUCCUGGUGAAUAUCAAGAAAUUCCCCCUUGUAUGAAUUUAUGCUAUAAUGUGACACAAUCGUGUCCACCAAUCUUGCUAUUCACUUGUCCACCAAAUGGCACCUUUAAUUCUGUAUUAUCACUAAGUUAUGGAAUGAUGUCAUCUAAUGUUAGUGUAAACGGUGAAAUUCUAUGUAAUCCAAUGGGCAGUGACUGGGUCAUAUCGAUGGCGAUACGAAAAAAUGACAGGUCUAUAAGAUAUUGGACAUUGGGAUUGGCUUAUACUAUUUUUGGAAUUAUAGUAUUUGGUUUAUAG